AUGGAAAAUUAUAGGCAGCUCAAUGGAACAGCAACAAAUCUGUUAAUACUCCUUGGCUUUGGGACUCUCCAGGAACUGCAGCUUUUAAUAUUUCCAUUGUUUUUGGCAGUGUACAUUAUAACACUGGUAGGGAACUUUCUAAUUUUAAUAGUUGUAUCCCUGGAUAAGAAGCUUCAUACACCCAUGUAUUUCUUUCUUGGCAACCUCUCUUUCCUGGAAAUAUGGUACACUUCAAACAUCAGCCCCAAGAUGCUGGUGGAUUUAUUCAGAACAGAGAAAACCAUUUCACUGGCAGGUUGUUUCAUCCAGCUGUAUGUGUUUUGUGCCUUAGGAACUGUCGAAUGCUUUCUCCUGUUGCUGAUGUCCUAUGACCGCUAUCUCGCCAUCUGCAACCCUCUGCAUUAUGCCAAAUUGAUGAGCUGGAACUAUUGCUUUAAAUUAAGUGCUGGAACCUGGUUAUGGGGUUUCCUAUUAGCUGCUGGGUUGAACUUCAUUGUAUCCACAUCCGUAACGCUUUGUGGCCCUAAUAAGGUUGAUCAUUUCUUUUGUGACUUGACGCCCUUGUUGAAACUAUCUUGUUCUGACACCCGCCCAGCGGAGAUGGCCAUCUUUGUGGCAUGCUUUGCAGUAUCGUUGUUUCCUUUUCUACUAACCAUUACAUCAUACAUCAAUAUAAUAGCAACGAUUCUCAAAAUCCCAUCCUCCUCUGGCAAGAUGAAAGCCUUUUCCACUUGUAGUUCUCAUCUUAUCAUUGUAACCCUUUUCUAUGGGACUCUAGGCAUUACAUACAUUGUCUCUGUAGGAACUCAAUCAGUGGAAUUAAAUAAAAUCCUUUCCUUACUGUAUACUAUUCUGACCCCUAUGUUUAACCCUAUUGUAUACAGUUUAAGGAACAAGGAGGUUAAAGAAGUCCUAACUAGACUGCUGGGUAAAGUUUCAGCUAUUCAAUAA